AACAGAGGGGACAUGACUCUGACCAGAGGAUCUUUCACCUAUGCCAGUGGGGAAGAGUACCACGGCGAGUGGAAAGAAGGUCGGAGGCAUGGUGUUGGCCAGCUCAAGUUUCAGGACGGAACCUGCUACUCUGGCCAUUUUGAGAAUGGACUCUUCCAUGGCUCUGGUGUACUGCUCUUCACAGAUGGAUCCAGGUACGAAGGAGAAUUUGCACACGGAAAGUUUCAAGGCGCAGGAGUCUUCAGUCGAUAUGACGGCAUGAAGUUUGAAGGGGAAUUCAAAGAUGGACGUGUUGAGGGAUAUGGGCUAUUGACUUUCUCAGAUGGAGCUCACGGUGUCCCACGAAACGAAGGCUUGUUUCAAAACCACAAGCUGCAAAAGAGAGAAAAGUGUCCAGGAGUUGUGCAGCGUGCGCAGGCUUCAGCCUCCAACGCUCGCUGUCUGGUACUUUGACUGUCAU